GGACUUCCGGUCUUCUUUAUUCCGGAGAGGAAAGCCGCUUCCCCAGGGUGAGGGAAUAUUUGAAUUUCUGUUGUUUGCUUGUGUUUUCUUCCCCGGGUCAUCGUUGCCGCCGCUACUGUAACAGUUACUCAGACUUGACGGACCUGUUGGCCAAAACACACUCCCUGUGGCCAUAUUCCUCUGCGGUUGUGAUUGUUUUCUUUCGAGAAACAUCACUUGUUGGUAAUUUGUCAAAUUCAAGAAAUAUUUCUCGAGAAGCGGCCGUGGGCAGGCGCAGAUGUUGCGGCUUCGAGCAUUUUGGCAAAUUAAAGCACGGGGCCGUUGAUUGGCCUCAUUUCCACGACUUCUCGGCUCGGAAAAGUGUUAUCUUCCCACACUGGAGUUAAACCUUAAGGAUUAACCAUGGCAUUCUGUUAAGGAUUUCAACGCAAAUUAUUUAAGGUCUUCUCCUUGGAAGGACAUUUUAUCCAUGGUCAUAGUAAUGGCAGCUGAAGUGCGAAUGGUACUUUAUGAAGAUGAUUCAGUGCAAGUACAAUAUGUUGAUAGUUCUAGACUACAGCUUUCUCCCUGUGGCUCUGAAUUUUUAUUUGAAAAAGCACCCCCUGUUUCAGCACAUCCUUUAGAACAACCAGAAAGAAUUCGUCAAAGGACACACUUUGUUAUAAGCACUUACCGAGAGCAACUACAGCGAGCCCUAGAUUUUCGAAACUCUUUUGCCACUUGCCCUUUUUUAUCUGAAAGCAUUAUACCACCUGAAGGGAAAAAGCGUAUCUUCCUUGACAUCUCAGAAGUGAGGUGGCCCAGUCUCGAUGCUGACGAUGGCAUGAUAUGCAUGCAGAGUGGCAUGGUGAAGAUAUCAUCUUUAGAUGGUCAUGCAUACCUUUGCCUGCCCAAAUCUCAGCAUGUAUUUAUAGUACAUUUUUUGUGUAAAGUGAGCCAGAAGCCAGAUUCAUCUGUAGUAUUGUCAGAAAAAAAUAAUCAAGUAAAAAAGGACAAACUAGUUGAAAAAGCAGGCAAAAUCUGUACAUAUGGACAGAGACUGAAGAAUAAAGAAAAUGAACUUCACUGUCAGAUGAUGAAUUCCAAAGAACCUUUAGAGAAGAAGAGUUUUGUGAAUGGAACUGAAGGGAGGGAGGCACUGCCUCUGCCUGAUGCAAAGCACAGAUGUGUAUACACGUGGGUAAAGCAGCACUGGACUGUGAACUCCUGUCCAGAGGAAUGGAAAUAUCCUUUGUCUUUAGCACUUCGUUUCCAUAAUAAAAUGAGCAGAGUGGCUGGAAUCGCUGUAAAUGUCAUCCAGAAUAGAAUGUUAACUUCUGAUGUUUCAGAGGAAGGAGGAAAAGAGGUUUCUGUUCUUCCCAGGGCUUUAUUACUCAGCUGUCCUGUCCCACACCUGCACAGGUGGAAUUUUUGCGAUUCACUUUCACUGAGACAGUCUAAUGAAGAAGAAUAUCCCUAUCCUGAACUAGUGAAAGUGGUUUGGUACAAGGGUAUUACUUAUCGACUUACCCAUAAAAAUAUGAACUCAAUAGAGAUUUAUCCUGGAGAUGGAUCUGUUUUCAAAUCAGAAGGAGCUUAUUUUGGGAACUAUUUUACAUACUGUUCCAAUCAAGAAGGAUCAGAAGAGAGAGAAGAGAAAAUGUAUUCAGUACAUAACCUUCCUCCAGAUAGACCAGGAAGUCUGUUUUCGGUGUGUUCUCUUAUUAAACAGGCAGCUAGGAUUCUUCAGCAUUGUGCCAAGACGAGGCUUUCUUUAAGCCAUAACUAUAAUAUAUGCUGCUGGAAAAUGGUACCUGGAAUAAAUGAUAGCAAUGUACUGCCUUUGCUUUUGAGAGAAUUGUUCAUACCCAGCGUGGGAAGAUUUCUUGCAUACUCUGAUGACAAAGUACAUGUUAUCUUUUUAGAUGGCAUUACUCUAACCCUAAAUUGGAAUUUUGGCUCUUUUAUUGAAAAGAGACAGGUAAAUCAAGGUCUCAACUUAGGUUGGUGUAAGUUAACUUUUCCUGAUGGACACGAUCAGUUAAUUCAGAUUGAACACCCUGGACCAUAUGAAAGAUAUGUGACAACAGUAAUAUCAUGGUGCAGAAGACUGACACAGACUAGUCAAAGAGAGAUGUCCACACAUCCUUCAUUUUCUAUUCCUGAAGAAAAUUGGUGUGUGGCUUCUGAACUUGAAAAGAUACAAAAGUUUAACUUGUUAUUGGAGAACAGUGGUGUCCUAAACCAGAUUUCUAACAAGAAAAAUGAACAGUCUUCUGAUAAUUAUAAACCAAAAUAUUCAGAAAACUUGCUAGAAGUUAAUGAAAAGAAAGUAUCGGUGGCAUUGAAAAAAAUGUCUGAAAUUCUUCAGGAUAUUGACUGUCUUUUAUCAAACUCUAAAAAGUGAAAAAUGGAAUUAUUACACUAUAUUAUUAAACCUUAAGGAUGUUGUUUCAAGCAACUAGUAUAAAAUUACUAGAAAGCCAAGGAAUUGUAUAUACGACUUUUGUACAAUCAUUAUAUGAGAAGUGACAUUUAACUUUGGAGGUAUUUUACUUAACCUAUAAAUUUUUAAAAUAUAUUUAUAAUGUACUUUAUUAAUAAAGAACUUUUUUGAAAUUUUGAACAA